UUACAUUCGGGACUACUUCAGAAGAGGCGAUCAUGUUCUGCUGCUGUGUGGCGGAAGACCAGGGACCAGUGGCUGAAGUGAAUGUGACUCCUAUCAUUCAGGGAGAUGUGCAGCCAGUUACGCAAUCGAAGGUUGAGGUAACGGCGGAAACCAAGGCAGGUGUGGAAGAGGCGACGGCGGCUACGGUUGCGGUGCCGGUUCCAGAGUUCGGGACCUUCACAGUGGAGCUCCCCAUGGAUGGUAACCUGGGCCUGGUGCUGGAUGUGGUGGAUAGCACCAGAGGCCCUAUGAUCUCCAAGGUUGAUCAUGGAGCGAUCCAGAGAUUCAAUGAGAAGAACCCCUCGCAGGCA